GCCGGGGUCGCGGGUCGGGGUCGGGGUGACCGCGGCGAGGCCCCUCCCCGCCGGCUGCCCGCCGCCGAUCACACGCUCCCUCGGGCCGCGCCCGGCCAACGCCCGGCCGGCGAGCCAGCUCCGGACAUCCGCCUCCACCUUUCCGCGGGGCCUCGGGGCCUGCCCGGGCGGCGGGUCGGGGGCCGCGGCCUCCGGCCUCCAGCCUCCAGCCUCCAGCCUCCAGCCCGCCGCCGCCGCGCGCGCCGAGCGCACCUGACCCUGGCGGGCGGGGCGGCGGGCGGGGCGGGGCGGCGGGGCUGACGUGGCCCGCGGCAUGGAGCGGGCGUGAUUCAUCAGCCGCCGCGCCGGGCCGGAGGGGGGCGAGCGCAGCGGCCGCCUAGGCGCCCGGGGCCGGGCAGUGGCGGCGGCGGCGUUCCUGGCCGGGCCUCGCGCGCGCUCCUCUCGCUGUCGGUGGCCGGGCCCCUACGAAGGUCAAGAUGGAAGAGAUCCUGAGGAAGCUGCAGAAGGAAGCGUCCGGGAGCAAGUACAAAGCCAUCAAAGAGAGCUGCACCUGGGCCCUGGAAACCCUGGGUGGUGUGGAUACCAUUGUCAAGAUCCCCCCACACUUGCUGAGGGAGAAAUGCUUGCUACCUCUCCAGUUGGCUUUGGAAUCCAAGAAUGUGAAACUGGCCCAACAUGCCUUGGCAGGAAUACAGAAGCUUCUGUCAGAAGAGAGGUUUGUAUCCAUGGAAACAGAUUCUGAUGAGAAGCAGCUGCUCAAUCAGAUCCUGAAUGCCGUGAAAGUGACGCCUUCCCUCCAUGAAGACCUGCAGGUGGAAGUGAUGAAGGUUUUACUCUGCAUAACCUACACUCCGACCUUUGACCUGAAUGGGAGCGCAGUGCUGAAGAUCGCAGAGGUGUGCAUUGAAACAUACAUAUGUAGCUGUCACCAGCGUAGUAUAAACACGGCUGUGCGGGCAACUCUCAGUCAAAUGCUGGGUGACUUGGCUUUACAGUUACGACAAAGGCAGGAAAAUACGAUUAUUGAAAACCCGGACGUCCCACAGGAACUCAGGAAUCAAGGGUCAACAGUUGAGUCCCUUUGUGAUGACCUUGUCUCUGUGCUCACCGUUCUGUGUGAGAAGCUACAAGCCGCCAUCAACGACCAGCAGCAGCUACAGCUCCUGUACUCCGAGUGCAUCCUGUCCGUGCUCAGCAGCUCCUCCCCCUCCAUGCACCUGCACAGAGGUUUCACAGACCUGAUCUGGAAGAACCUUUGCCCUGCUCUCAUCGUGAUCCUGGGGAAUCCAAUUCAUGACAAAACCAUCACCUCCGCUCACAGCAGCAGCACCGGCUCGGGCGUCGAGUCGGACUCUGCAUCUCCGGGAGUUUCCGACCACGGCCGGGGGUCGGGCUGCUCCUCCACGGCGCCAGCUCUGAGCGGGCCGGUGGCUCGGACCAUUUACUACAUCGCGGCCGAGCUGGUCCGGCUGGUGGGGUCGGUGGACUCCAUGAAGCCCGUGCUCCAGUCCCUGUAUCACCGGGUGCUGCUCUAUCCGCCACCCCAGCACCGGGUGGAAGCCAUCAAAAUCAUGAAAGAGCUACUUGGGAGCCCACAGCGCCUCUGUGAUUUGGCAGGACCCGGCUCCACUGAACCAGAAUCCAGAAAAAGAUCAAUUUCAAAACGAAAGUCUCAUCUGGAUCUUCUCAAACUCAUCAUGGAUGGCAUGACCGAAGCGUGCAUCAAGGGCGGCAUCGAGGCGUGCUAUGCGGCCGUGUCCUGCGUCUGCACCUUGCUCGGGGCCUUGGACGAGCUGAGCCAGGGCAAGGGCUUGAGCGAAGGCCAGGUGCAGCUGCUCCUGCUGCGCCUGGAGGAGCUCAAGGACGGGGCCGAGUGGAGCCGGGACUCCAUGGAGAUCAACGAGGCCGACUUCCGCUGGCAGCGGCGCGUCCUGUCCUCCGAGCACACGCCGUGGGAGGCGGGGAACGAGAGGAGCCCGGACAUCAGCAUCAGUGUGACCACGGACACGGGCCAGACCACCCUGGAGGGCGAGCUGGGCCAGACCACGCCCGAGGACCGCUCCGACAACCACAGGCACAGCCUCAGGUCGCCGGCGCAGCCGGAGAGCAGGGAGACGCUGAGCAAGGUGCCGGAGCCCGAGGCGGUCGACCAACCAGACGUGGUCCAGAGGAGCCACACGGUGGCUUACCCCGACAUAACGAACUUCCUGUCGGUGGACUGCAGGAUGAGGUCCUACGGCUCCCGGUACAGCGAGAGCAAUUUCAGCGUAGACGACCAAGACCUCUCGCGGACCGAGUUCGACUCCUGCGACCAGUACUCGAUGGCGGCAGAGAAGGACUCGGGCAGGUCCGACGUGUCGGACAUCGGGUCGGACAACGGCUCCCUGGCCGACGAAGAGCAGACCCCUCGGGACUGCCUGGGCCACAGGUCCCUGCGGACUGCCGCUCUGUCCCUGAAACUGUUGAAGAACCAGGAGGCGGACCAGCACAGCGCCAGGCUGUUCCUGCAGGCCCUGGAGAGCCUCCUGCCCCGCCUGCUGGCUCUGCCCAGCGUGGAGGAGGUGGACUCGGCCCUCCAGAACUUCGCCUCCACCUUCUGCUCAGGUUCGUGCAACAGGCUCCUGCCACAGUGGACAUUUAUUGAGCCAAGGCCGUGUGGCUCAACAGGUCUCCUGUUGAAGGAGGAAGGCGAGAGUAAUUUUGUCGAUCUCUGUCCGCCAGGGGAAGUGGACUGUAAAGAAAUAGGAGACUGUGUCCCGGGACCGGGAGCCACAUCCCCGGACCUGUGCCUGCCUGCCCUGGAUUACCUCCGGCGCUGCUCUCAGUUACUGGCCAAAAUCUACAAAAUGCCGUUGAAGCCAAUAUUCCUUAGCGGGCGACUCGCUAGCUUGCCUCGAAGACUUCAGGAGCAGUCGGCGAGCAGUGAGGAUGGCAUUGAGUCAGUCCUGUCUGAUUUUGAUGACGACACUGGGCUGAUAGAAGUCUGGAUCAUCCUGCUGGAGCAGCUAACAGCAGCUGUGUCCAACUGUCCACGUCAGCAUCAGCCACCAACCCUGGAUUUACUCUUUGAGCUGUUGAGAGAUGUUACCAAAACGCCUGGACCCGGGUUUGGGAUCUAUGCGGUGGUUCACCUUCUCCUCCCUGUGAUGUCCCUUUGGCUCCGUCGUAGCCAUAAAGACCAUUCGUACUGGGAUGUGGCUUCUGCUAAUUUCAAGCAUGCCAUUGGCCUGUCCUGUGAGCUGGUGGUGGAACACAUUCAAAGCUUUAUACACUCAGACAUCAGGUAUGAGAGCAUGAUCAACACGAUGCUGAAGGACCUGUUUGAGUUACUGGUGGCGUGUGUGGCCAAGCCCACAGAGACCAUCUCCAGGGUGGGCUGCUCCUGUAUUAGGUAUGUCCUCGUCACGGCGGGCCCCGUGUUCACCGAGGAGAUGUGGAGGCUCGCGUGCUGUGCCCUGCAGGACGCGUUCUCCGCCACGCUCAAGCCGGUGAAGGAUCUGCUGGGCUGCUUCCACAAUGGCACGGAGAGCUUCAGUGGGGAAGGCUGCCAGGUGAGGGUGGCGGCCCCCUCCUCCUCCCCCAGUGCGGAGGCCGAGUACUGGCGCAUUCGAGCCAUGGCUCAGCAGGUGUUUAUGUUGGACACCCAGUGCUCACCAAAGACUCCAAACAACUUCGACCACGCUCAGUCCUGUCAGCUCAUUAUUGAGCUGCCUCCCGAUGAGAAGCCAAAUGGACAUACCAAGAAAAGCGUUUCUUUCAGGGAAAUUGUGGUGAGCCUGCUCUCGCAUCAAGUGUUGCUCCAGAACUUGUACGACAUCUUGUUAGAAGAGUUCGUCAAGGGCCCCUCCCCCGGGGAGGAGAAGACGGUCCAGGUGCCCGAGGCCAAGCUGGCCGGCUUCCUCAGGUACAUCUCCAUGCAGAACUUGGCGGUCAUCUUCGACCUGCUGCUGGACUCGUACAGGACGGCGAGAGAGUUCGACACCAGCCCUGGGCUGAAGUGCCUGCUGAAGAAGGUGUCUGGGAUCGGAGGCGCUGCCAACCUCUACCGCCAGUCCGCGAUGAGUUUUAACAUUUACUUCCACGCGCUCGUCUGCGCGGUCCUCACCAACCAAGAAACCAUCACGGCCGAGCAAGUGAAGAAAGUCCUUUUCGAGGACGACGAGAGGAGCACGGACUCCUCCCAGCAGUGCUCUUCAGAAGACGAAGACAUUUUUGAGGAGACGGCCCAGGUGAGCCCCCCGAGAGGCAAGGAGAAGAGGCAGUGGAGGGCCCGGAUGCCGUCGCUAAGUGUCCAGCCCAUCAGCAACGCAGACUGGGUGUGGCUGGUCAAGAGGCUGCACCAGCUGUGCAUGGAGCUGUCCACCAACUACAUCCAGAUGCACCUGGACCUGGAGAACAGCGUGGAGGAGGCUCCCAUCUUCAAGAGUGACCCAUUCUUCAUCCUUCCGUCCUUCCAGUCGGAGUCCUCCACCCCAUCCACCGGGGGGUUCUCGGGGAAAGACACGCCUUCUGAGGACGACCGGAGCCAGACGCGGGAUCACGCCGGCGAGCCGGGGAGCCUGCGGGCCGGCAGCGGGGACGUGCUGCCGCCCCCCAGCCCCAAGGUGGAGAAGAAGGAUCCCAGCCGGAAGAAAGAAUGGUGGGAGAACGCGGGGAACAGAAUCUACACCAUGGCGGCCGACAAAACCAUUUCCAAGCUGAUGACUGAAUACAAAAAGAGGAAACAGCAGCAUAACCUGCCCACGUUCGCCAAAGAGGGCAAAGCGGAGAAGAAGGGCGAGCCGCUGGGUCCGCGGGGCCAGGACUCCCCGCUGCUUCAGCGUCCCCAGCACUUGGUAGACCAAGGGCAGAUGCGGCAUUCCUUCAGCGCGGGCCCUGAGCUCCUGCGACAGGAGAAGAGGCCCCGCUCUGGCUCCACCGGGAGCUCCCUGAGUGUGUCCGGGAGGGACGCCGAGGCACAGAUCCAGGCAUGGACCAACAUGAUGCUAACCGUUCUCAACCAGAUUCAGAUCCUUCCAGACCAGACCUUCACGGCUCUCCAGCCUGCAGUGUUCCCGUGCAUCAGCCAGCUAACCUGUCACGUGACCGACAUCCGCGUGCGCCAGGCCGUGAGAGAAUGGCUGGGCAGAGUGGGCCGGGUCUACGACAUCAUCGUGUAGACCACUCAGUUUGAGGAAGUUCAGUAGCAAGGGUUAGAGAGUGCCUGCCAGUCUGAAUGAUCGCAUUAUCCCCGCCACCAGCCCCACCAAAACAAGUGUCUCAGAGAACAAUCUGUCGCUCCCUAACACUGGGGCCAACCUGGACACUAACCUUGUAUCUGGAUGACACAAAUGAUACUCUGAUUUUGCACAUUAUUGCAGAAAAGUCUCCAUUCCUUGAUACGUUUCUAAAUCUUGAUGUUUAUUUCCCAGUGCUUCUGCUUGCGAUGUUAUUCCCAAAAGGAUCCCUUUCCAGGACUACCCCUUUGAAAACACUACAUUGACCUAUUUGAUUUUUUUUUUUUAAUGGAAAUGUUAAGGAAAUAUCUGCUGGUAAGUCAAGCUGAUGUGUAAGCACUCAGGCAUCUAGUAAAGACAUUCACUGGAGGAAGAUUUUCUAUUAUGAUUAUGGGCUGAUUAGCAGCUGGAAAAACAUUCUUGGGGGUCACAAUCAAGAAAGGGAUGGCUUCCUCUGUAAAAUAUCCCAGAACAUUUCAAAGUCGUCCCAAACUGUCAAGAUUUUCCAGUUGGUAUUCACCAACUUCUUCUAAGGUACGUUUGUGCCUUUAUUUCCCUAUUUCUAAAGGAAGAAAAUGCUGUCCUGGCAGGGUUUUAAGUCUACAGGCUGGCAGCCUUUGAGACACAGAUUGGCUGACACAGAUGUUGCCAAGAGACAGACUGACCAGCCACCCUGGCUUCCCAUUAGUCUUUGCUUUUGCUCCCAAGGCAAAACAGGAAAGGGAAAGAAAAAAUGGUGCCUUAGUUUUUUGUUGCACAGACAUUUCUAUGCUCCACAGUUAUCUGAACAUAGGGCAGAACCUUGGGUUUUUAAGGAAACAAAACGUUAAAACGCAACU